AUGUUGCGCCGUUCCCAACAGCUUGGCUUAAAGAGAUUACUCUCUACUAUAAAGCUUUCAUCUACUACAUCCCAGUACCCCACAGGUCACGUGCAACCAAACACCCAACCGUACUUGACCCCAUCGUUCAUCAACAACAAGUUUGUUAAGUCAGAUUCACAGACUUGGUUCGAUAUCCGCGAUCCAGCUACCAAUGAAGUUGUCCUGAAGGUCCCACAGAACACUCCGCAGGAAUUGGAGGAUGCUAUCGCUGCUGCUGAUAAGGCUUUCCAUGUUUGGAAAGAUUACUCCAUUAUCAAGAGACAAGGUAUUGCUUUCAAGUUUGUUCAGUUACUUAGGGAAAACAUGGACAGAAUUGCCUCGGUAAUUGUGUUGGAGCAAGGUAAGACCUUUGCAGAUGCCAAGGGAGAUGUGUUAAGAGGUUUACAGGUGGCCGAAGCUGCAUGUAACAUCACCAACGACUUGAAGGGACAGACCCUAGAAGUUGCCAAAGAUAUGGAAACGAAAAUGAUCAGAGAACCAUUGGGUGUUAUUGGAUCUAUCUGUCCAUUCAACUUCCCAGCCAUGGUCCCACUUUGGUCCCUUCCAUUGGUUCUUGUUACUGGUAACACUGCUGUCAUAAAGCCAUCAGAGAGAGUCCCUGGAGCAGCCAUGAUCAUUGCACAAUUAUGUGCUGAAGCUGGAGUUCCAGAGGGUGUUGUUCAAAUGGUUCACGGAAAGCACGACACAGUUAACAAAAUUAUUGAAGAUCCUAGAGUGAAGGCAUUGACCUUCGUUGGGGGUGAUAAGGCUGGUAAAUACAUAUAUGAGAAGGGUACUUCCUUGGGAAAAAGAGUUCAGGCUAACUUGGGAGCUAAGAACCAUCUUGUUGUUCUCCCAGACGCUGACAAGGCCCAGUUUGUCAACGCUAUCAAUGGUGCUGCAUUCGGUGCAGCUGGUCAAAGAUGUAUGGCAAUUUCUGUUUUGGUCACAGUUGGCCCAGUAACCAAGGAAUGGGUUAAAGAUAUAGUUGAAGAUGCAAAGAAGUUGAAAGUAGGCUCGGGAUUCGACUCAUCAUCAGACCUUGGUCCUCUCAUCAACCCAGAAUCUUUAACAAGAUCUCACGAGAUUAUUGCCGAUUCAGUGAAGCAAGGUGCAGAGCUUUUACUCGACGGUAGAAGUUUCAAAGGAGAAGGUAAAUUCGCCAAGGGUAACUUCUUGGGACCAACUAUCAUAGCAAACUGUAAGCCCGGAAUUCGUGCUUAUGACGAAGAGAUUUUCUCUCCUGUUUUAUCAGUUGUAAAUGUUGAUACUAUCGAAGAAGCCGUUCAACUUAUCAACAACAACAAGUACGGAAAUGGUGUUUCACUUUUCACACAAUCAGGUGCUGCUGCACAAUUAUUCAACAAGACCAUUGACUGUGGACAAGUUGGUAUUAACGUACCAAUCCCUGUUCCAUUGCCAAUGUUUUCAUUCACUGGUAGCAGAGGAUCAUUCUUAGGUGACUUGAACUUCUACGGUCAAGCAGGUAUCACCUUUUUAACUAAGCCAAAGACAAUCACUUCCUUAUGGAGAACUGAACUCGUUGAAGAUUUGAAGCCAUCAACCUCGAUGCCAACUCAAGAGUAA